GACUAUGGCAUUAUACUUAAAAAACAACAAGAGGAUGUUGAACCUGAUUCGAGGAAAAAGACUAAAAAGGUUCAAGACCAGUUAUCAACUUUUUCAAAUCAUUAAAGAAUGCAUUUCAUAGUCCGACAUCAUCAACCAGUGCCGCCACUACCGGAAAAAUCUCGAUCACUUUCUUUUGAUUCACAUGCUUUCAAAACAUUGUCGAGACAAAGUUCUUCAAUAUCAUUGAAAGGUGGCGAAAAUCAUCAUACUCCUGCCCCUUUAGUAGCAAGUAGUGUACCUAAUACGACAAAUGCAGGAUUUUCAAUACCACAUGAUUAUAUACUUUGUCGUAUUUGUGAAGAAAUGAUGCCAAGCCAUGAGUUGGAUGCACAUUCUGAAAUUUGCGCAAUCACCACAGAUUAUGCUAUUAAAUUACAAGAAUGUGAUGGUAGAUUACGUAGGUUAUUGGGUGAUGUAGCUAAAAGAAAAAAUGAGAUACUGGUAUGAAUUCAUUCAUCGUCUUUACUUUAUUAUCUUUUUUUA